AAACUAAAAAGGGCAAAAGGCGAAAUGUGAGCCGGAAUGUCGGUGGAUGGUAGGGUUUCGGUUCCCGCCAUAAAAUUCCGGCAAAUCGUCACCAUAGACGACCCUCACUCUCUUACACUUAACUAAAAACUUCUCCUUUCAGUCUGGUUAAACCUCUACUCAACCCUCCAGCGCCUACAGUUCCAAUGGCUUACGUCAAUCACAACCCCACAAUGGCAGAACUUGGUGGAAUGGAUGAAGACAUAAAGCUUCAAAUUCACUGUAUGGAGAAAGAGGCAUACAGUUAUGUUUUGAGGGCUUUCAUUGCCCAAUCUGAUCUUCUGUCGUGGGGCAAGGAAGGGCUUAUUACUGAAUUGAGAAAGGAACUUAAUGUUACCGAUACAGAACAUGGAGAACUUCUUUUGCAAAUCAACUCUGACAAGUCAAUCAAAAUGAUAAGGGAAUGGCGGAAAGGUUCUCACCAUGCUCAAGAACCACUUUAUGGAAAAGUGAAUGCUUCCAGCUUUCAUCCAGGCUUUGCUCCUGAUUCAGUUUGCAACACUGUCCCAAAAAGAAUGAAAAUUUCUCAUGCUUCAGUCGCAAAAUCUCAGAAAUAUGUUCCAUAUAGUCUACCUACUGCAGGAAUGCAAUCUCGGAAAUGUGUGUCACACAUUCAACCUUCGUCUGGAACUCUUCCUUCUCCAGUGCCUGUGCAAUUCAGGGAUGAUCAACCUAACCGUGAAUUGGCUAUGAUCUCCUCUGGGAAUCCUGAGCAGUCUAUGAAAAUAGUAAAUCAUAAUAAUCAGGCACCAUCUGAUGGCAAACGAAAAGUACUGGGGAAAUCUCAAUCAAAGAAAGGUAUUGAAAUUGAUGCACCUCAUGUUAAGAAAAGUUCGGAUGUAAUUGAGAUCCAUGCAACAGAUAAGCUUAUUCACAAGGUGGAGAGGACAAUUUAUGGUACUAAAAACCCUAACCCAGUUCAAAUUGAGAAGGCAAAGUUAACCCUAAGAGAGCAUGAAAGAACUCUCUUAGAUGCGCUUGAUAAACUUGCUGAUGUGUCAGAUGAUGAGCCUCCCUACGAAACGCAGCAUCACUACUCCCACAAGAAGCAUCCUGGAAAUGGACAGGGAAUGGAAGCACACUGCAACUUGUAUAGACAGAUAGGCGGGUUUCAUGGCUAUCAUAGUGAGGCUUUUGGUCAGACGCAAUCUGUCAGAAUGGGGGCCCCUUUCCUGGGUGUGCAAGGUGAUGAAGAUACGCCUUGACCAGGCCUUGUACUUAAAUGAUGUAGAUAUGACACUGACCUCAGGCAGGGUUCAUCAUAUGGGUUGUUCACAAACUAGUCAUUGAAUGGUGAUUUUAGUAUUUUGCUGUCGUUCUAGGCCUUUUCAUUCAGAGUAUACUUUUAUUCUAUAUGACAGUGGCAUCUAGGUCUCCAACUUAAUAGCCGCUGAUUUCAAUUGAACACCAACUGCAUGUGUACUUUUAACCAUAUACUUGAAUGUGUUCAUCACUUUUUGCAGAUAGUGAGUCAUAUCUUGAGAUUUUUCGUCUCUGCAGGUUCUUGACUCUUGGUUAAGUUCUAAAGCAUUUCGUAUAAACUUAAUUGAUUAAGGGCUUUCACUGGCUCCUCUAUUAGCUGUGAGCACAAUCAGAGAUCAGAGUGCUAUUGUCAACGGGACUGAGUGCCUCCUCACCUCAAUCAGAGCUGCAGGAUUCCUUUAUUGUAUGCAUUGAGAAUCCCCGUAUAGAAUGUGUUAAUCUGGACUUUGUACAUGCCUUUAUUGCUGAGUGUUUAUAAUUGAUAGAUAAGAAGGUCCUCUAAGCCAUGGAGUGUCUCUAAGUACAGGCCACCCGUAUAUCGGAGGUUGGAAAACAGAAUUCAUUUUCAUUGCCAGAACUAGUUCUAGCAAUUGUGACAAAUUUAUGAACCUAAACUAUACAGCAAAACAUGUUUCUACAUGUUUUUCAGAACAUU